AUGGCAGAUAAAAAGAAAUGCCGUAAAUCUAUUACCUUGGAUAUGAAGCUUAAAAUUAUUAGAUUGUAUGAUGAAGGUGUAAUUCAAGCUGAAAUAGGCCGAAAGCUAGGCUUCACUAGGACCACAAUUAACACAGUCAUGAAGAACAGAGAAAAAAUUGUUGCAGAAGUUAAAAGUGCUACACCUGUUAACACCACAACAAUUCGAAAAAGGGAUAGCAUUGUUGCAGACAUGGAGAGACUCCUAAUACUUUGGAUAGAAAAUCAGACAACACGCCAUGUUCCUGUAAACCAGGCAAUUAUACAAAGUAAAGCCUUAAGCUUAUUCAAUGACCUGAAGGCUAAGAAAGGUGAAGCAGCAAAGGAUGCUGAAUUUGUUGCAAGCCGUGGAUGGUUUGAUAGGUUUAAGAAGAGGUCUAAUCUACAUAACAUCAAAGUACAAGGAGAGGCAGCUGCUGCAAAUACUGAGGCUGCAGAAAGCUAUCCAAGUGAAUUUGCAAAAAUUAUUGAAGAUGGAGGCUACUCCAUGGAUCAAAUUUUUAAUGUGGAUGAGACUGGUCUAUUCUGGAAGAAGAUGCCUGCAAGAACCUUCAUUGCAAGACAGGAAAAAUCAAUGCCAGGCUACAAGCCAGCUAAAGAUAGAAUAACCCUUCUGUUAGGUGGCAAUGCUUCUGGUACCUUAAAGCUAAAGCCUUUGUUUAUUUACCGUUUUCAAAAUCCAAGAGCUUUGAAGAACUACGUUAAAACUAGACUUCCAGUGCAUUGGAGGGCAAAUAAAAAAGCAUGGAUUUUGCUGCUUGUUGAUAAUGCUCCUGGACACCCUCGAACACUAGAAGAGCUCAACCCUAACAUUAGAGUGGAAUUCCUACCACCAAAUACCACUUCAUUACUGCAGCCCAUGGAUCAAUGUGUCAUAGCUGCCUUCAAGUUAAACUACUUAAAAAGAACAUUCAGUAAGUGUAUUGCAGCAAUAGACAAAGAAGAAGGUGCAGGGCAAGAAGUCCUAUCGAAAUUCUGGAAAAGCUACAACAUCUUGGAUUGCAUUAAAACUGUAAGAGAUGCUUGGAAUGACAUAAAGGAUACCACAAUGAAAAGGGCCUGGAAAAAAUUAUGCCCACAGUUAGCUGAUGAUUCUGAAGGCGUUGAUGAUUCUGUAGCUAAUGUUACUGAAAAUAUUGUAGAGAUGGCAAGGCAGUUAGAGCUGGAAGUAGAGCCAGAAGAUGUUGCUGAACUCGCCAUGGCUCUUUUUGAAAAGCAUGAUAGGGACUUUGAAAGAAGCUUCACAGUCAAUGGUAACAUUUCAGGGGCUUAUUCCUGUUACAAAGAAAUCUACAGAGAAAAGAAGAAAGCUACACUUCAAACCUCCAUAGAGACUUACUUUUCUAAAAGUCCAUCAGCACGCAGAUCAUCAUCAUCGACAGACAGUCAUUUGGAUACCAGAUCAUCAACUGGCAGUCCAUUUCCAGCUCUGGCAUCACCACCCAGUCCUGCUCCUUCUCUUAUUGCUACUUGUAGUACACCCAAUUCGCCAGCAAGAAAGCGUCUCGCCUUUGAAGAGUUGACUUGUGAAACAGAAGAUACCAGUAUGACUUCAUCCUUACUAGAAUAA